AUGUUCACAACUCUUCUUAUAUUAGCUUCUUGCUACUCAUUAAUAGGAUCCUUAUCUAUUGAUCCCAGCUCAAACAAGAGAUAUAUUGAUGGUACUCAAUAUACAAUAAACAAUAUUGAUACAACAUAUACACAACGUGUUUCUCAUGAUGGUUUAUGUAGUGUACAACUAUAUGAAGAAUCUAAAAUGUUAAGUGAAGGUGAAAUAAUAAAAAUAAAAGGCAAAUGGUUUAAAGUUGAAGGAUGUCGAUUAAAUCGAGCAUAUCCGGUAGCAUGUGGUUCAAAAUUAUUUUAUCAACUACGUGAUUUAAGUUGUUCAUUUAUUGAAUAA